UCAUCAAAUCAAAAUCAUUCAAAAUGGUGUUUCUGUUUAUAAUCUACAAUUAGCUGUCACCUUCUUGUGAGCUAAAUCAUAAUUUCUCUUUCAGUAUUUCUUCAAAAAAUGUGGAAUACAAGUUUUCAAACAAUAAAAUGAAUGUCCGAUAAUUCUGAAUAGAUGAAAAUGAUAGUGACACCAUGUGAAAUGCUAAUUAAACGAAAGUUAACCGCUCAUUUGUGCUGUGUGUGCGGUAUCACAUUACAUUUUUGUGAAUACUCCAGUGUUUUACAAGAUGCUUGGUCUAGUGAUUAAUUAUUGUAUUUCGAGGUGUGCUGAGUAAGUGGUGAGGCAGGAUGUCUGGGAGCGGUGGCGGAGACCGCAAGAAGCGGACGUGGCGGGGCGCGGGGUGGGAGGAGGCGGGGGGCGAGUUCUACCAGGAGAGCUACCCGGGCGGCGACGCAGACAUGGAGGCGCUGCAGCGCGAUCCGCACCACUUGGCAACACUGCUGCCCAGCAAACAGAAUCGCAAUGCAACAACCAAGCAUCCGAGAAGAGAUUCGAGAGCUAGUCUGAAAAGACGGACUUCGACUCGCUCCAGAUACCAGACGACCACUGUGAGGCAGAGCACUACGCACAUCAACGACAUCCAACUGUCUAUGAUGCCCGACCUAUCUGAAAAUUUAUCCAAUGAAGAAAGAAUGUGGGAAGAAAUAAUGCUUAUCAAAUCGAUGCCCAUAAGCAUGGCACAAAAGAAAGAAAUGAAAGCACAAUUACAGAGUGCAGACACAUUUCGCCUGCAAGGUCUGAAGCAGUUCAAGUGGCAGCGGCGAAAAAUGUGGGAACAGUUGAAGAUGCAGUGGAAGGAGACCUACUCGAAGCUAGAGCUGUGGAAGCACAGUCUGAAGAAGAUCGAGGGCAACUUCGGCACGGGAGUGGUGGCCUUCUUCCUGUUCGUCAAGUGGCUCAUGCUGCUCAACCUCACCAUCUCUGCCAUGAUUGUGGUGUUUGUCGUUAUGCCCACUGUCAUGCUACCACCACAGCACCACGACACCACAGAACCGUGCACCGUGAUCCUUUCUGACAACGACACCACCGAUGGUCAGUCACUAUUCUGCUGUAGCACCUCUUACAAACUGGUCAGAAACCGCACCGAAAACGAAACGUUCAUCGAUUUCGUACAGGGCACCGGUUGGAUGGAGUCCACCUACGUUUUCUACGGCGUUUAUCCGGACAAAAUCCUACUUAAUGACAUAGUCAACUACAACCUGCCGUUGGCAUAUAUCGGUGUAGCGCUGUGCUACUUCUUGUACAGUUUGGCGUCGAUUCUGAAAGGAUCAGCGCGUGGCUUCAAAGAGCGGCUGAUCGAGGGCGAAGGCCAGUUCUAUCACUACUGCAACAUUGUGUUUGCCGGUUGGGACUUUUGCAUCCAGAACGAGCGGUCGUCAGUGAUUAAGCACAAAGCGUUGUACAACGAGAUCAAAGGCUCGUUGGAGGCGGAGAGGCGCGCCGAUGAGAAGCGCAAUCGUUCCAGAGAGGAGAGGUUCAAGAUUUUGAUGGUCAGGGUUAUUGUCAACUGUCUCGUUAUAUUGACACUCAUCUUGGCCGGAAUUCUGAUAUUCUUUGCGUUCAGCUAUUCGAGAAGUGAGUUGGAGAGGACGGAGCUGCUAGUCGAGCCAGUGCCUCGCUACUACUCGUUGCUGCUCGAGUUCGCUCCGUCAAUGUGCAUAGUGAGCUUGAAUCUGGUAGUGCCGACCAUUUUCAACUACCUGGUCUCGUUCGAGCAAUACAACCCGAUCUACGUGGUGCGCUUGACUCUGUUGCGCACGGUGCUGCUGCGCCUGUCUUCUCUGGGAGUGCUCGUCGCCUCCUUCUACCCGCUGCUCAAGUGCCAGAUCCACUCGUCCGACUGCUUCGAGGAGUCGGCCUGCGAGAGCACUCCCUGCUGGGAGGUCUACAUCGGCCAACACAUGUACAAGCUACUUAUCCUCGACACUGUGUCUAGUGUGCUUAUCACGUUCGUGCUCAAUUUCCCGCGAAUGUUGAUGGCCAAACACAUAAACUGCAGACUGGCAAGGUUCCUUGGCAAACAGGAGUUUGAGCUGCCCAAACAUGUACUGGACGUUGUGUACACACAGACACUGUCCUGGUUCGGCAGUUUCUACGCGCCGCUGUUGCCCGUGUUCACGACGCUCGUGUUCUUCGUAGUGUUCAACGUGAAGAAGUUCGCGUGCCUGGUGAACUCGACGCCGUCGUCGACCAUCUACCGGGCGUCGCGCUCCAACUCGAUGUUCAUGUCGGUGCUGCUGGUGUCGCUGGCCGUCGCCGUCAUCCCCUGGGCGUUCAGCAUCUCUGAGAUGAUGCCGUCCAAGACGUGCGGUCCGUUCCGCGGUCGGCGGUCGGCGUGGACCGUGAUGGAGGCCACCUUCCACACGUUCCCCACGUGGGUGAAGGUGACCGCCGACUUCUGCACCACUGCCGCCUUCGCUGUUCCCCUCUUCGUCGUGCUCGUGCUCUCUCUCUACUACUACUACGCGGUGGCCGCCGCCAACAAGCACAUGGUCGCUGUGCUCAAGAAGCAGCUGGUGCUCGAAGGUCAUGACAAACAGUUUCUGCUGAAUCGGCUCAGCGCCUUCAUCAAGCAGCAGCAGGAGCGUCACAAGGCGGCCGCGCGCUCUGUCGACUUGCCCAACAGUUAAUGCUCAAACUACACUUCAUUUUCUCAUUGUAUUACACACUCAAUAGGAACACUUGGAAUUGUCUCAACCUUUAACUCAUUAAUAACAAUCACAAACCCUUUUAACGAUUGCAAGACUAUUACUUAGCUCUAAUAAACGGUGAUUCUCACUAAAAUUUAUUGCACCAAGAACUAUAUCAAUCUAUACGCCAUUAUCAUUCUCUCUAAUCAUACUCCAAAUAGCGUUUGCACAGUGACAGCUUAAAUUUAAUUUAAUUUCAAACUGGAUUAAAUUCAUAUUAAGUCCUGUUGUUAUAAUGUGAUUCAUUUUUAGUCUAAGCCACCAGCUGAUUAAAUUCAGUUUGAGCUUUGACUGUGCAAACGGCCCUAAGAGCAUGAUUAUGAUGUGACAACCAAAACUAGACGGAAAAGAAACUCAAUAAUAUUACGUUUGGGUUGAUAGACCAUUAUCAAUUACUAGUGAAUUGAUGUAAGAUUUCAGUAAAAUACAUUAUAUAAAAGAUUGAUGAUGAUAUGACAACCAUAACCAGUCACUCGUUAUUUUAAAUAAAUGAGUGGUUGUGGCAGUUUCAAGUAUUUUCAUCUAUUCAGAUGAUUAUCUAUCACAAUAUCCACCUUUACUAUAAACAGAAAAUUAUAUUGCUACCAUUAUCAUUAUCAUGUUAUGGCAUAUGAUGAUACCAUUAACAUUAUGAUGUUAUGUUUUACCCACAGAGUAUGACAGUGUGCUUCAUGCAAGUAGAAUAGAACACUUCAAAGUGCUUAAUAACUUAGUUUCCGCGCGCAUUGCAUGUUGAUCGGUCAUUCUAUCACUGCACUACAUAGAAUUGUUUUCAUACUACUUUAGUUUGAAUUUAUCAGUUUUGUUGUUAUCUCCAGCGUUUUCGUCAGAUCAAACUGUGAAAAUAUACUCUGUUAUCAACUCCCUGUUAUAUAUUCUGUGUUCAUUUUUUUACGCAGUAUUGGAUUCACCAUCCUAUCCAUUUUUUGACCACCUGUUGCGUAAACGUCACUUAUAGUUAUGAAUUUCAGAUCAAAUUCUGGAUUACAAAAGUUGACAUAAAAGCGUUCAAAUAAAAAUGAGAAGUACGGUGACAAUGUAAUUAUUAAUAAAAGCUUAACAAAAAAUGUAUGCUUAAUAAAAGUAAUUUUAAAAGAAUUUAUUAUUGCUAUUUAAAAAUAAAUUUACGCGUGAAACAUAGACAAAUUAACUGCAAUUUAUAUUUUAGGAUUGUCAGAGUAUAAUGGUUUGAUCUUGCUUUGGGAGGGAUCCUAAUUUAUUACAAUCAAACAACUAUAAAGUAAUGAAAUUAGAUCACUAUCAGGGUUUUGUUGUCGAUCCUGCAACCGGUUGGCUGUAGUGUUGUCCAGGGAGUGGGACUUAUCAAAUUGAAUUUUGAAUUGAAUGUUCAAUUACUCGUAGAAACAUACUGUGAUUGGAUGAAGUUGCAAAACUUAUUUCUGUAUAAAUCUAGCUCCCAAGGAGCUUGAAAAGUAACUGGAAAUUAAUGGAGUAUUUCAAUUUCAAUUUUAUUGAUGUCAUGCAUUGCAUUGUACAAUAAUACAAUAUUGACACAAGUCAAAUACAUAGUCAUAUUUACAUUGGUACAUUACAUUGUAUUAAAAAUGUUGAGAUAUUAAAAUGACAAAAAAUAACUCAAUUCGAUGACAAGAAUCACAUCAUUUUAAAAACUUCUCAAUUCAAAAAGUUCCAUUAUACUGUAUACGGAUUUUUCGAUCAACCAGUCCUUCAACAAAACUUUUGUGUCAAUCUCAUAAAACAGGUGGGAGAGAGUUCAAUAUUUUCCUGCUCAUUGAUCAGGACUACGCUGAAAAAAGACGUUCAAUGUGCAUCUAGUCUUAGAGCAUUCCUAGACCUCGUGUUGUACCCGUGUGUAUCCGAUCGUCUAGCCCAGGAAGCUCUAUGUUUGAGUCCAUGUAGUGCAGCCUCGAGUAUAGACAGAGAGGGAUCAGAAUUCUUGCACUUUGUAACUGAUGCCUGCAAGGGGUUCUGGGAGGUUUCCCCAGCAUCAUCCUGACCACUCGCUACUGUGCCUUGAAUACUCUGACUAUUCCAGUUGAUGAGCCCCACAAGAUCAAGCCGUAUGUCAGUAGAGGUCGAAAGUAGCCAUAAUAAUCCGAGAAUACUACUUUCUUGUUCAGACUGGUCGUUAAUCUUGAGAUAGCAAAUUAAUUUCGCCCUACUAAGUCGCUUCACGUCCUCGUCCACAUGAUAAUUCCACCUCAAUCCAGAGUCAACCUCGAUUCCUAGAAAACCUCAAGCACCUGUAGAUUUGAUUUGUUUUGAAUCCAACUUUAAAUUUAGUAAAUUAGAGAAUUCCGGGCGGUUGGAAUUAGUGAUAGAAAAAUCCAUAAAACAGUUCUGCUCGACAUUGACUUUCAUUUUAAUAAAAAUUUAUGGUUGAAAGAUGGGCUUAGUAUAUGUACAUCAUCUGUACAAACAAUUGUAAUGUUUUUCAAUUCAAUGUUUGUCCACUUCCUGGAUGGCUCGUGAUAAUA